UCAUGCUCAUUCCUACAUUGUGGAUUAUGAUGAUGAGGAGAUUAAAGCACUAUUCACUGAUGUAGAGUGGGAAGAAUUGAUGAAAGACCGAAUUGGUAUUCCGUCUAUUUCACUCGAUAUUGCGAAAGAACUGGCAAAAUAUGAUAAGAAUACUUUGGAAGACUUAUGUGCAACUGUAAUGACAUCAUAUCUUAAAGAUGGCGAAAAAUAUGAUGCCCAUAAACAUCACGAUCAAGAAUGGAUCCAAUUGGCCAUACUUCUUGAAUUUGGGGCAAUUGAGACUGCUAGAUCCUUCAAAGGAGUUUCAGAUCAGAAGUAUCUUCUUGAAAAUUUUAAAAUGCCAAAGACACUUCGUGACAUGUAUUCAGAAUUGAUAAAAGCUGUAAAUUUCAAUGAUCAGAAAGCAGAAAAAAUUCAAGUUUUCAGCAUAGUGCACCUUGGAUUAUGGAUCCAAUUCACAAGGUUAUGGUGUGCUGGUGGGUCAAUUUGCAUUUUUCGUAAAGACUUCCCAUCCCAUAAUGUAGAUAGUACGUUUUCAGAAGAUGGAAUAAGAUCCUUUCUCAAGCUUUUAGUAUUAAUUUAUCAGCGCAAG